AUAAAAACCAUUGCCUAAUAACAAGCCUAGCAAACUGCACUUAGCAAAAAUGGCCAAAGCUUGGUGCGUGACCUUGUUGCUUUUUGCACUGAUGACAGUGUACAUUGAAAUGGCGAAUGCUGGAACGCCAAAAACUAUUUGCAGGGUCACAAUUAAUGAGCUUGCGGAAUGUCUACCGGCAGUCAUGGGCCAGAAACCUCCGCCACCAACAGCGGAUUGUUGUGCAGCUCUGCGCAAGGCCGAUUUGCGUUGUAUGUGCAACAAGAAAUCUGAACUCGGCCAACUUGGGAUCAAUCCUGCAGCUGCUAUGAAACUGCCAAAGCAAUGUAAAAUUAAUGUUCCUCAUGGAUGUUAAAGGCUCAAGUCUUGAAAUUAAUUAAAAGACAUGUAUUUUAGCAUGACUUGUUUCUCUUCCUUGUGAAGUUGACAUACUCCAUGGUUGUUUGCAUUUCUAUUCCGUCAGAAUUUGAAUAAACUUUCUUUCCAGUUAUUGUUCUA